UUUAUUUUUGGACUUAUUACAUAGUGCCCACAGCAGGGCUUGUGCACUGGGAAGUGACAGAGGGGGGUGUAUGACCAUCUCACCUCCCAAACACAGGUAGGUAUUGAAUUCGAUCAGGAUGAGGCAGAUCCAGACAAGGCUCGAACCCAGAAAUAUCAGCGUUUUCACCAUCAUCCACAAAUGGUCUUAAAAUAACUAUUUGGCUGCAGUUUUGUUCUCCCAGCUGGGGCUUUACUAUCAGUUGAACUCUCCUACAAUUCUGUGAUGUCACAAGAAGGGGGAGGUUUGAACAUUCCCUCGCUGGCUCAGUUUGGAAUAUUUUCUUGACCUGUUUACUUCUGGAUCUGAAGACACAGAAUGUACAUUUCUCUCUGCCCUCCACAGAAAAAACUAAUGCCAAAUUCUGGAGACAGGGGAUAACCUCCAACACAUCUCAUAUGGGUGAAUGCACACACAGCAGCAAACAUGCAACUCUGCCUAGGAAGAAAGAAAAGAAACCACAUUUUCUCUUAUUAAUAUUCCAGGGAUUAGAGAUACUGGGGCCUGCUGUGUGCUGGUCUCUGGUCUUUUCUCAGACUUAUGAAGGUAAAACAAAUUUAAAAAUAAAGAUUUUACAUGUUUCCUAGCCUUUAUUCUUGUCCUUGUCACUUAACAGCUUGUCAGCCAAACCCAAUUCCCGAUGCCUGUUCUUAUUUACUUUUUUAAUCCUCUCUAACUUCUGUUGGCUAAUUCCCUUUCAUGUUACUCUCUCCCCUUCUCUUUCCUAAAAGUACUUUCUUCUGCCACUUUCUCCCUUCUGUUUCUUUAUUCAAGGCUUCUUGUGUCCAGCUCUGGGCAUCUGGCUACCGACUGGGAGAAAUAAGAGUGAAAAGACCCCUUAUUUCCAAACACUGCCAUCUACAUCUGAUUGGUUAAAAUCUCUUUCUUCAAGCAUCAGCUAGCUGGAAGUUCCUCAGCCCAAAAUGAGCCUCAGGGUUCCAAAGGACAGUUUCAGGUCCCAACGAUUAGCACAGAAGACUGAGUGGCAGCCCCUUUGUCCUGUGAAAGCCUGGAGCAUCAAUGAUGGGACUUUUUCAAAAACCUCUGCAAAGCAGGUAAGGACCUUGCUUGAGUAUUUCAAUCACAUGACAAAGCUUAGGGCCUCAUCCUGUGAAGUGCUGAGCAUCCACAUUUUGCUCUGCACCUGGAAGGAUUGAACCCUUAUGGCCUUAUUUUUAGAACUGCUGAGCACCUAUAAAUUCCAUUGAAGUUAAAGAUUGUUUAGCCCCUUUGAAAAAAGGGUCAGUAGUGUGUGUUCUAGAGAUGGAAAUAUAGUGCAGUUUCUUAACUGAAAAUGUAAAGAGCUGCCCAGUAGGAUAAUAGGACACUAUAACAUUAGGUUGUAAUGCUUCUUUAAGACAAGAUGAGUUUUUCUACUCUAGACUGUUUCAGCCCCAUGUAAUCUCUCGUAUCUGCAUCCUUUUUAUUUGCCAUUGAGCAGUUCUGUCAUCUGAACGGAGAAAGAGGUUUUAGUCUUAUUAUUUUUCAUUUGCAUUUUUGUAACAUAUUAUUUAUUAUUUUUAUUAUCAUUAUGUUGAGGAGCCCAUGGAUCAGGGCAGCAUUAUGCAAGGCAUUGUAUACACACAGAACAAAAACAUAAUAGCAAUGGCACCUGGAUAACUUCUGCUUCCAGGUUCCACUUACUACAAUAUAGUCACCAGGACCUGUUCUUCUGUCUAGAGGAACAGAGUGAUAAAACAUUUUGGUGUUCUGGGUUUCUGUGCAGCAUUUAUAUGCCACAGUAAUGAAUGUUAUUUAAAAGCCUGAGAGAGAAAGCUUUCCUAGGUUUUUUAUAUUGGUUGCUUUAAAGUGACUGUCUUAUGGGUAAAAUGACUACAGAAAAAGGAAACAAAUUUGUCUUUUUUAAACCAAAGAUUCAGGACUGUUCUGAGGAAAGCAAAGGGAUGGAACAAAUAUUCAGGCAGCUGGAAACCAAAAAAGGACAUUUUUCUCCAUCACUGGAGUCUAUUUUUGCAUUUUUAAAGUUUGUGGCUCGCAUCUUUCCUUGACUUUCAGACAUGAAAAUGUUUUUUUUAAAUUAAUAAACAAAGUAUAUUUGUACCUAUUACAUUGUCCUGGUUGCAAAUUUUAAGUGCUGUAGCGGUUUCAUAACAUUGUCACAGAGCAGUACUCAGUGCAUGCUGAGUUUGAAAGAUUCUGAGCUCUACAGAAAUAAUUAGUUAGAAAUUAUUUACCUGGUCAUUUUCCUUAUUAUUAAUUAGUUCUAUUGUGUUGCACACUUAAUCUCAGUUAGGAUCAGAGUCCCUUUAUGUUGGGCACUGUACAAAUACAUGCAAUGUAGUCAAAAGUCACAAGUGAAUCUUAACAAACUUUGAGAGAGUAGUGGGUAGGGUGGAGAAGGGUAACAGAAAUAAAUUCACAUGAUUAUGCAGAGUGCUGUGUGUUGUGCAUGCUUUGAUGGUUUACACAUUUAAGUGUAUUUCCUGAAUUAGUAUAGCAGUGCACUCAUUCAGAAACAGUUUAAAGGUGUGGCAGUUGGAUGUAGUGUGCCAUUAAGACUCAGUUUACCCCAUUUGCACAUGUGCCUUGUUAAGGUGUCAGGGGACCAAUAAGCCUGAAAACCUUUCUACAGCUACAGUUGUCUGAUUCAAGUGUGCUCUGGGGCACGAAACCCCAGAAGUGGGCAAAAUUUGAGCUGAGCUUGCAAAGACCUAGAGCCCUGCAAAUCUGCAGAACAUGUUUGCAGAGCAGAUGCGAAUAUGAAUUUUGUAUCCGUACAGGGCUCUACAAACACCACCCUUCAGAUCCCAACCUGUUGUUAACCAGAGACUAAACCCAUCUCAACUCCUAAUCAACAAAGAAGGGCAGGGAUUUAGAAAGUGGGGAUUUCCACUGCAACAUUAACUUGUCUGCUUUGACACAGGAAAAUAUGAUUUGUCACACUAGAUCAGGACAGCAGUCCCUCAGUCCAAUGUCCUGUCUCUGAGAGUGACCAGUACCAGAUGCUUCCAAAGAAGCUGCAAAAGAGCCUGGACACGUAUGGAAUAAUCUCCCCAUAAAAGGAGUUUCUUCCUGACUCGGUUGUAUAGUGAUUGGCUUACACCUUGAGACAGGAGACUUGAUAUGCUUUCCAAACUUUUACAAAACUCUAUCUAACGUAGCCAGGAGCAUUCCCAAUCCCCAGAUAGCUUGGUUUGAAUCCCAUUAAUCUCUUGGCCUCAGUGGUAGCUUUGGGCUCGGCAUUCCACCGGUUAAUUACACGCGUGUCAACAUAUUUGCUUCCAGCACAUCUACAUUUGGUGCGUCCCCGGUUCAUGGCACGUGCCUCUGUUCCUGUAGCACCAGAGGGGGAGAGGGAGCCGGCCGCCUCCUCUCGACUGCUCGUUGUUGGCGAAGCCAGCGGUCUCCUCUCUGCACCGGGCGCUGGUCGCGGAGGGGCAGCUCUGCUUCUGUGCAGCUACCGGCCUCACCCCGCUCCGUCCCGACUUCGCUCCAAGGAGGGCCGCCUGCCCGCCAGCCCCGGAGCCCCCGCGGCCGCACGCGAGGGGUUACAGCUGCCGCCCCCGGCCGGCAGGCGCUGCAGGGCAGGAUGCCGCCAGAGCGGGGGCUGGCGCCAAUGCUGGGGGAGGCAGGGAAAAAGAGGCGCUGUCCCUAGCGGGAGGUGGGCGCCAUAAGGCAGGGUCACCCGCGAAACAGGGAGACGCUCCCGCCUGCCUUAGAUCACGUGACCGGGGUUCUGCCGGCGCCAUUUUGUUCGGGUGUCUGAGCGCGCCCCCUUCGUGACGGUGGUGGUGUCGGGGACGCGCACGCAAGGGGCCCCGCGGGCAGAGGAGGAGAACAGCGCCGGGAAACUGAACUGCGAGGCCUCCCGCCCGGCCCCUUGCACCACCACCACCACCGCCGCCGCCAUGUACCGCUCCAGCAGCGGCCGCUCCGGUCCGCCGCCCUCCUCCCACCGCUCCAAGGAGAGCAGCUCGUCGGGGUCCCGCAGCUCCCGCUCGGGUACCUCGGGGUCCGGGCCGGGCCCAGGCCGCGGCCGCCCCCCCUCCUCAGCUUCGCCGCCUCCCCCGUCCCGCCGCCACCGUUCCCCGUCCGGCCACCGCGCAGCCUCCCGCCGCUCCCCGUCCCCGCACCGCAGCAAGAGGCUGCCCUCCCCGCCGGGGGGAGCGGGGCCCGGGAGGAGCCGGGCCCGACGUGGGGGCGAGCAUGGAGACAGCAGCAGUAGCCGGAGACGUUCUCCGAGCCUCCGUUCUGAGUCUUCACUGGAGCAGAGUUUGCGGAUCACUGUUGGUAAUGACCGGUAUUGCAUUGACACACCAGAGCGAAGGAGGCUGCCUGAACGACUGGGCUCACCAGUUGAUAACCUCAGUGACAUGGACAGGGAUGACAUGGCUGACGGUCCAAUAUUUACCAGAGGCCUCCCAUGCCCUCGAGGCCUUGAACGCUAUCCGUCUCAUGAAGAUCCGUCUUCCAGUCCCUACAUAAUGAGGCAUGAUGAGGACUACCGCAACAGAGAUGUAUUCCUUCACCGAUCAGACUACAGUCCACACUAUGGUCAUCGUGAAGAACUGUCAAGGGGACCUGACAGGGAUAGUGAUAAACUCAGGAAAUCCUCCUACCCAGCAAGGCCAGAGGAGAGAGGGCGAGAAGCGAAGCGCCCUCGGUACGACAAGGAUGAGAAGAUGCAUGGCAUGAGUGGGGAUCAUCAUGGUUUCACAUUGGGAACACGAAAUUAUCGCAGACGGAGCCGUGGCCGAAGCCAAAGCCCAUCAUAUCUGGGUGAAGAGUUCCGGGAGCUUGACCGUGCCAGGAGGAAAAGAGAAGAGGAAGAACGGAGCAGAAACUUGAACCAUGAUCUGUCUGGUAGUGGAUACAUGAUCCCUGGCUUAACUAGCACACUGCAGUCUUCUGAGACUCGGUACUUAUACAGACCUGAUGAAGCGCCAUCUAUGCCCAAAAAAUCUAUCCUGAAGAAACGAGUGGAGGUGGAAAUGGAGUCCCCAAUGCAGCUUGAGGGCUUUCCAAGCAGCUCUCCAUCCAGCAAAGAUCUCCCUCUUCUUUCAAGUCAUUCAUCUUUGUCCCAGAGCAGCAGCAGCACUCCUUUUGCCUCUGAAGUGGAGAACUUUCUCAAACGGUUUAACACAGACUCUGUGGAGUCGGCAAACAAGGAAUUGCAUGAUGGUGUAUAUGAGUGGAAUUCACUUCCUGGGCUUCCCAAUGAUAACUUUACAUUUGAAAAGAAGUUUGGAAACUUCUUAAGUCACAAGGAGAAGUUGGAACCAAAAUCAGAGCCUGCAGACCGUCAUACUGACUUCCUCCUCCCUCAUGAGAGGGCCAGUCAGGAUGGCAGUGGCUUCUCUCGCAUUCUGGGCAUGAUGGCUGAUUCUGCCAGUGCUCAAGAAAAGAGAAGGCGCAGCUUUCCUGACAUUGAGGAUGAAGAAAAAUUUCUUUAUGGUGAUGAGGAUGAAGACUCCAAAACAGAGUCUUCCUCUGUUCAAAAGCCCACAGUGAGUUGUGGGAGUGAAGUUACAAGCCAGAAAGUGAGUCCCCCUCCUUCUCCAGCUGUAAAGCUAGAUUCUCUGGAAGAGUCCAAUACAGAAUAUGCAAAGAUUCAUGACUUACUCAAAACCAUUGGGCUUGACAUUGGGGUGGCUGAAAUUGGCAAACUGGCUGUCCGCACGCAGGAACGUCUCCAUGGCAAAAAGCUGGCAUCUCAUUCUCCUGAUCGUCACUCUUCAGAUUCCCGCAGACUGGAAUCCUGGGAGAUGCGCCGCAGCCGGAGUGACACUCGUUCUCCAGAGUCAAGCCAGCAGCGCUCUGCAUCACCUCCUGGCUCUUUCCAGCCAUCCAAAGAGACAUCCUCUCUCCAGAAAUCAGAAUACUCUCAAAGCAAAGCUGUGGGUCAGGAGAUAUCUGCUUGCCCACCAGAACAGUCUGUUCCUUCUGUGUCUCUAAUCCCUUCUGCGCCGCCUGCUCCUGCCAGUUUGCCCCCUACCUCUGUUUCCCAAUACCAGAUUCCAAACUAUCCACAAUUCACUGCAGCUCAGAUGCCACAAAACUAUCCACCUCCCACAAUGGCCCCUCACGCCUAUGAUGCAUAUGGGCACUAUAUGGCUUAUGCAGCCUCUGGCUGGCCCAUGUACCCCCCUCCACAGCAGCCUAACCCUACACUGCCAGAGGCUCAUGGGCUUCUCACAAUGGCAGUGCCAGCAAACCCCACACGCCCAAACCUCCGGGUGAUUGAGACAGUUUCCAUGGGCAAAAAUCCCCCUAAUAUCAAGAGAGGUGACUCUGUGCUCAUGCAAAUCCCCAUCACCACUACCACUUACUCCAAAAUGCCCCUUCGGCUUGCCACACGCCCACUCAAAAGUACCACGGAAAAGAUCUCUGAUGAAAAAAAUCGGGCAGCUCAAAAGCAGAAGGUCAUAGAAGAGAGAGAGAAACUGAAGAAUGACAGAGAAGCAAGACAGAAGAAGCUCUAUUAUCUCAAGACUGAAUUAGAUAGGCUACGUAAACAACAAGGGGAGAUGCUGCGGAAGAAAAGGCGGGAGAAGGAUGGGCACAAAGACCCGUUACUAGCAGAGGUGAACCGGCUGCAAGAAAACAUUAUGAAGGAGAUUUCUGAGCUGCACAAGGAGUCUGAUGCAGCAGAGAAGAAGCAAUCUGAGCUUGACAAAGUAGCCCAGAUCCUGGGGAUAAACAUUUUUGAAAAACCCCGGAAACCAUCCAUGGAAACUAAAGAAUCCACUGAAAAAACCAGCAAGUCAGAGAAUGCAAAAGGUCUGGAGAAAACGCCCUUUUCCAAUAAGGAAUCAAAAACAACAAAUGAAAAGUCCAGAGGUAAAAGUCCCAAGCCUGCAGAAUCCUCUUCUCAGUCGUCCAAGCAUCCUUUCCAGUUGGCCAAUAUUUAUGAAUAUUAUGAUGCAGGGAACCACUGGUGCAAAGACUGCAAUACCAUCUGUGGGACCAUGUUUGACUUUUUUACACACAUGCACAAUAAGAAACACAGACAGACCCUGGAUCCUUACAACAGACCUUGGGCUUCGAAGACCCAGAGUGAGGCCAAACAAGACUUCGUAAAACGCAUUGAUAAGAUAACAGUUCCCGCCAAAGGCUCUGAGUUUCUGAUUCCCAUCACUGGAUAUUAUUGCCAGCUCUGUCAUGAAUUUUUUGGAGAUCAAAUCUCAGGAGAGCAACAUGUGAAAAGUCAUCCCCACAAUGAGAAAUACAAGAAACAUGUGGAUGAGAAUCCACUUUAUGAAGAGAGGAGAAACCUGGACCGUCAAGCUGGGUUGGCUGUGGUCCUGGAAACAGAGCGCAGGCGGCAGAAUGAGAUGAAAAGGAAACUGGGAGAAAAGCAAAAAGAGGAGAAAGAUGAGAAGAAGGCAAAAGUGGCAAAAAAAGAAGAAACAAAGAGCACUCCAGAGCUGGGAGAAGGGGUUAGUGAAACCAGUAGUACUCAGGGCAAAAUGGAUACUGCUGGGCGGAAACUUGGUAUUAAGCUUAAAUUGAAGAAGGAAGAGAAGAAGGAAGAAAAGAAGGAAGAGAAGAAGGAAGAAAAGAAGGAAGAGAAGAAGGAAGAAAAAAAGGAAGAGAAGAAAGAGGACUCAAAAAAGGAAUCGCCAACUCAAUCUUCCUUUGGAAAGUUCAGCUGGAAAAAGAAUGAGAGAGAGGAUAAAAAUCCAGGAGCAGUUGCAGCUCCCCCAAAGGAGGAGAGUGUUGAAGGAAGUAAAGAUAAGGAGGAGGGCAAGUCUCAAUCUGGGAAACCCCAUGCUAAGCCCAUUGAAAUUAAGCUCUCUGGGAAAACCGUUAUACCACACACUAGCCCCUGGACGCCAGUCGCUUCCACUUCAACACAAGCAAAAAUUCGACCCAAUCUGCCAGUCCCUACCAUGAUUUUCAGGAAGUCUGCAACUGCAACAGUAAGCAAGCCAGCACCUUUAAACACUUUUUUGUCUAUAAAAUCCUCUGGUGCCACCACCAAACCACUACCCGUGGUGAAAGAAUCCAAUGCAGAUGUUCUGCUGCCUCCAGAUAUAAUCUCAAAAGCGUUCGGGGGAGAGGAGGUAAUUUUGAAAGGGACACAGGAAGAUAUGAAAGUGCCAGAGAAGAAUGAAUCCUCUGAGAAGCCACCUCCCCCUCCACCCUCAAUUCCACCCCCAGCUAAACAGGCAGCAGUCAUCCCAGCAGAUGAAGUGGCGCCAGGGGUAUCUGAGAGUGACCAGGAAAUGCUGGCAAUGCCAGUGCGCCCCCCUCCACCACCACCUUCUACUGCUUUUAGUGACCAGGCUAAAAAAAUAGAGAAACGGAACUCUUGUCUGGCCACAGCAAAUGCUAAAGACCUCUAUGAUAUAUUCUACAGUAGUGGUGGAAAGAAUUCAUCUGACAGCAAACUUGCAAGUUCCCCAGUUCCAAAUGGAGAAAACUUUAACAUAGCAAAAACAGAGAGAAGCACAGAUAUGCCAGCAAACUCUAAACCAAGUAGCAGUCCAUCUUCCAUGAAAGAAACUUUCCAAAAUAUAGCUACUUACUCAGAGGUUAGUCAGGUCUACUCAGAUGAGGGGGCCUCAGAACCUGAGAAAGUAGAAGUCCAGGAGACUUCAACACCCUAUACAGAAAAGAGCACUGAAAUCCCAAACAGAGUUCAGGGGGAGGUGAGCUAUGAAUCCCAAAAUGUUCUUGCAUCAGAUUUUCAAGCUAAAUCCAAAGAAGAGGAAAUCGUGCAGUCUAAAGAUCAAGCAGCAGGUGCUUCAGUUCACUGGGAGAAUGAGGUAGAAAUGGAAACUAUUGAUCAGGCAGAAAUUAGUAAGAAAUUGCCAGAGCCUCAGAUACCAGAAAUGUCAGUCACACAAUUGUCAGAAAUUAAAACCAUCACCCAUAUCCAGAAAUCUAUAGAAAUGAGAGACAUGGGUAGAACAAGUGGAGAACAAGAGGUCUGCCAGGAAUCCCAAGAUCCACAAAUAAUUGAGGUCCAAGGGAAAACCAGAGAGGAGAAGAGAGACAGUACUGUGGAUGCCAAAGCAGAUAUAUCUAAUGCUUCUGAAAAAGAUAUAGAGAUGGAAGACUCAGAGUUAACAGGAGCUCAGUUUGAACUUAGUCUCAGACACCCAGAGAAUCAGUUACCUGAAAGAUGCAAUGAAAUCCACAAGGUGGGAGAUCCCAGUUUAACAGAGGAAAAAUUAAGUGAUGACAGCUAUAAAACUAAUACAGAAAUUGACAGCCCAGAGUUGCCAUAUGUUCAGGGUGAAUUGGUUCCUGAACGACUAGACACAUCAAAUAAAGUCAGUGAGGAAAAAGUUUCAGUAGCGAUAAUGAUAGAACAUAAUGCUUCCUUACGAGGUAUAAAACUGGAAAAUGUAGUCUUGGAAAGGUCUCAGUCAGCAGUCAUUGAUGAAGCCCUCCAGACUUCAGAGAUGCAAAAUAGGGUUUCAGAAUUGACAGCAAAAUGCCCAAGUGAAUUGGACUCCUCUCAAACUAGUAAUAAAAACAAACAGGUCAUCUUGGUUAGUUCUCAGUCACCACGUAGUCAGGAACUACCAUAUACUCAAACAGUAGAUAAUCCAGAAAUAAACAAUGGUUCUAAUGAAGUCAAUGUCCCUGUCACGUGUCUCACCAAUGUAGAAAUGAAAAAUAGCAUAUUAGUGGUACAAGAAGAGCUCAGGCAUGAACAUUCAAGCUGUGCGACGUUAGACAUCCACCACCAGGAACAGGGUGUCACAGAGCUAGUCAGCACCUGCACUGCAAACACUGUUGAACCCAAUUCCAGCCUAGAAUUAAUGUAUGAUGUUGAAAAUAAUACAUUGAGGGGCCCUGAAUCAGAUAUAAAGUUAGGGAAUUUUACUGCAGAGAAAGAUGCAUUAGAAAUAGGAGGUGUUGACUUUUCUAGUGGUCAGUCUGGUAUGGUUCAAGAGCCACUAGAUGCUCUACCAGCAGACUUCAGUGUGGGUCGUCUAGGAGGAGGGACCCUUACCCACGCAGAAAUAAACCAGGAGGUCUUAAGUACCUCAACAGCUAGUGACUUUGACCUUAACACCACUUACUCAGAAUUUAGCUUUGAACAAUCAGAAACUCUCACGCUAAAUUUUAAUAUGGAAAAUGAGAAAGAUUCCUUAAAGCCAGAAGAUGUGAAACCUAGUGACACUCCCAUCCUGAAAGCAGAGUUGGAGUUAGAAAGCAUUGAUUUCAGUUUGGGGGACAUUGAAGUGGAACGUGAACAUCUUGGUAUCCUAACAGCAGGAAUUCUAAAUGAGGAUACUGAAGAUCUCCCCAAAUUAGAAACCAUUGCAUCCAUCGGGCUGGAGCCCAGCAAAACCAGUGAACUGAGCAUUGAGCAGCCAGUCGAUGAACCAGAAAUUAUUGAUUUUGUUGCAUUAACUUCUGGUGAUCAAGAAGACAAAUUUUGCACCCUGAUCUCUGAAACAGCUGUCCCACACCUUGAGUCACGCUUAUCAAAUAGUGACACUACUGAAGUGGGCAUGCCUGUUCUAGAAAUACAGGGCAUUCCUCCAAUCUCUGAGAUCCUUCUGCAAGUGGAGGAGAGCAAAGACAGCACAGCAGACAUUGCUGAAAUGCCAUCAUUGAGCUGUGAUGGAGACAGUGUGGAAAACCAGGCUGCUGGCUGCAUUGAAACUGUCCUCCCAGAGCUCAAGGAAACACCUGCAAAGGAGAGUGGCUCAGGGGACAAUGGAUUGUGCAUUGUUCAGAGCAAGAUAAAAACUGCUGACGGUAGUUUGGAAACUAACAAGCUAGCUUCAGUAACUGCUGAAAGCUCAGCAGAGAGCCCAGUGGGUUGAAAUGGACCCAGCCAGUCUCAAUAUUUGAGGAGCCGGUGCUGGGAUUUUGUUAUGUAUAUUCUUUGUUUCAGUUUAAUAUGGGAGUAUUUUGCAUCCUGCAGUAGAUACUGACUAAAACUUACACUUGUUUUACCAAAAACCAGACACACACUUUAUUCUGUACAUACUGAAUUGUGUAAAAUGCUUUUCUUGUGAAAUUUCACCAAUUUCUUUUCUGUACUCUGCCAUUAAAAUGGAAUCUCAUAAUGUGUGAUUUGGUUGUUUUUGUUUAUUUUUUGUCUUUUAUUCUUUACCAUUUUUGGAUGGUUUCCAGUUCACACGUUUCCAUCAGUAACAUUCCAUAACUAGCCUGUGAGACAAGCUCAAGAAAACCCAUUCAGAACUUAAGGAAACGGACACUCUUGCAGAAGAAUUGAAACUAAAAGUUUAUUUCAGAUGUAAUGCAUGAUUUUGAUUGCUCCCAUUGUUUGAAAUGCAGAAAGUGUGAAUAGAGUUGACUUUGUUUCAUGUCCUGUGGUUUGUAAUUACUGUUGUAUUACACCUGUACUUAAAUGGUCUCAUACUGUAUUGUAUAAACACAUGUGGAUACCACCUCACUAAGCAAGGGAGAAAAUCUGUCAACUCACUUUUGAAGAAGGAGACUAAUCGGUAAGGCUCCGUGGCCUGACACCUGGACCAGACAUUUUGAGGUCACUUACAUGAUUUGAAAUGGCCUUUCUUUCAUUGUAUUGUGAUCCAGUAACUAUUUGUGUUAAAUCAUUUAGCAGCUGUCCUGCUCUGAAGAACCAGAAGAUCUGAACCCUGGUCUCAGGAAUUGGACUCGCUCGGUGUGCCACAGCUGCAUACAUGCCCACCCUGAAUGGUCCCUGAGCCAUUAAACCUGUAGUGUGAUGGUUUUCAUUUGUACAGUUUGUCAAAGAUUAAAGCGUUAAAAUGUUUGCUUGCAUAAAUCUAACAUUUUUUUAUUUGUUAAAUCAUUUAAAAUAAACUUAUGGUAAUCAAAAAUA